AUUCGAAUGACGAGGUUCCGCCCAUCCCCCGUCUUAUUGUCUUAUUGACAAAAGUCGUCUUUCUUUUCUCCUCUUUUGCAUCAACCUAAAUCCACCCUCCAUCGUCCCUCUGCCUCAAUUAUUCAAUAGUCUCUCUCUCCUCCACCUGUAAAAGAUACCUCGAAUCAUCUCAUUCGCAGCCAGCACCUCAAACGACUCUACAUAGGCUGAUACUCGUAAGCCUUCGCUCACCAAAAGCUGCCAUGCAUCUCGCGUCAGUGAUCGCCGCCACCACCCUGGCGGCAGCCCCUGGCCUGACUCUGGCUUCCGGUUCUCUGGGCUUCGCCCUCGGUGCGAAGCAGCCAGAUGGCCAAUGCAAGUAUCAGGCGGACUACGAAGCGGACUUCAGAGCCAUUCGCGAUGCCUCGGGCAGCAGCGUCGUGCGCAUCUAUGCCGCCGAUCAGUGCAACACGGCCCAGCAGAUCCUCCCCGCUGCGAAGAAGGAGGACUUCCAAGUGAUCCUAGGCAUCUGGCCCGAUACGGAGGAGUCGUACGCAGCCGACAAAGCUGCAAUCCUCCGCCAUACCCCCGGGUACGAGGCCCAGGUCUACGCCAUCACCGUCGGCUCCGAAUCCCUGUAUCGUGGAAACUUCACGGGCGUCCAACUCGCAGACAUGAUCAAAGACAUGAAGGCAUCGGCACCUCACUUCAAAGUCGGCACGGCGGACAGCUGGAACAAGUACCAAGACGGCACGGCCGAUGCUGUCAUCAAACAGGCUGACAUUCUGCUCGCCAACGCUUUCUCGUACUGGCAAGGCCAGACACGCGACAACGCCACUGCCUGUUUCUUCGACUCCAUUAUGCAGGCGUUCGGGCGCAUCCAGAGCGUCAGCGGAUCGACCAACAAGCCCGAGCUGUGGGUGGGCGAGACUGGCUGGCCCAGCGACGGCGCAAGGUACCAGAAGGCCGUCCCCGGACAUGACAACGCUCAAGCUUUCUACGGCGAGGGUGUCUGCGGCAUGAUCAAAUGGGGCUUCAACGUCUUCUUCUUUGAAGCGUUUGACGAGCCCUGGAAGCCCCAUGCCAUCGGCAAGGACGGCAGCGAAGCGCCCGAGACACACUGGGGCGGAAUGAAGGCCGACCGCAACGCCAAGUAUUCGCUGAAGUGUUAAACCGACCGCCAGCGAGAGCCCACGCAAACGAUGGCAGGACAUGAUGGGAGAUUUCUUUGCCCGAAACGGGAGGGGAGGCAUUUCAGAUGACACGGGCCAAGGGCGAAGGUGAUGAUCAAGCCGCAUCGUGGGACUGUAAUCAGUAGCCAAAGAAACGAAAUUUAGUAAACAC